GGCUUCAGUCUAUUGAGUUACGUUUGGGCCUCAGGUGCAUAUGUUUUUUCGCUGGGCUUUGUUUAGUAAAAUCUUCCAAUAACAAUCAUUUUUCCUGUCAAGUCAUAUUACCUGUUCAUCUGCGGCCCAAUUAACCCAAGUAAAAAAACUCUAUCUAUUAUCUUUUUUUUUGACUCCAUCUUCUCCGUUUCUUCUUCAUUCAAUCUCUGUUACUGAACCUCAACUGUUAUCCAUGUUCUUCAAUACCCUCUUAAGGAAUUCCUUCCACCUCCUCUCGAAAAAACAAAAAAGAAAAUCCCUUUCCUCGACCUUAUGGCCAGAUGGUGAGUCAAAGGUCUUAAUCGCCGAGAGAGACGGUUUAGUCGGCGAGCUAAUGAAAUCAAUUAGAAGAGACUCAGAUUCGAGCUUAAUCGAAGCGACGCUAUCCUGCUUGAUCGCGAUCAGCUCACCGAGGCGCGUGAAACUCAAUCUAAUCCGAGAGAAGCUCAUCAAGGAUCUUACGAAGCUGUUAACGGAUCCAACGACGGCGAGCGUUUCAAUGACGGAGAAAUCUUUAAAGCUUCUCGAGAGUUUAGCAUCCACAAAGGAAGGCAGAUCGGAAAACUGCGGAGGAGACGGCGAGUGUUUGAAGACGGUGGUUAAGAAGCUGAUGAAAGUAUCGACGGCGGCGACGGAGCACGCCGUGACGGUGAUUUGGAGCGUCUCUUAUCUUUUCACGGAUCCACAAGCGAGCGUUUCGGUGAUGGAGAAAUAUUUGAAGCUUCUCAAGAGUUUAGCAUCCACAAAGGAAGGCAGAUCGGAAAUCUGCGGAGGAGACGGUGAGUGAUUGAAGACGGUGGUUAAGUGGUUAAGAAGCUGAUGAAAGUAUCGACGGUGCCGUGACGGUGCUUUGGAGCGUCUCUUAUAUUUUCAAAGAAGAGAAGGCGCUUGAAGCGAUUACGAGUACUAACGGCGUUACGAAGAUCCUGUUACAAUAUAUGAAUACUAGAACUAUAAAUUUUUUUCUACUUGAUGCUUUUUACUGUUUUGAGUUCUUGGUUUUAAGAUUUAUAAAAUAACCGAAGGUAUAUGUUUUUUUGGUUUCCUUCUCUCUCUUUUGUUGUUGAGAAUUCAUGUAUUACAUAUAUUCCUGAUGAUGACACAAUGUUUCGUUUGGAUUUUUUUCACCCAGGUUUGGUGCAGAAGAUGUUUUAACCAUCUAGGCGUUUUGCAUGUUCAAGUGAUUUCAUGCUCUCUUUACGGGGAUGAUGAUACUUGGAAAGCUUGGCUUAAUGUUGAUAACUCUAUGCUCCACAACUACUACUAUUUUUACAAUCUUUGAUAGUUUUCACAAGCAAAAAUUGUCUAGGCUUAUGCACAUAUUCUCGAAAUUGUAGUUCUAAUGCUAAAGUCACACAUUUAUAUCAUUAUGCUUACGAGUUGAGAGCUGCU